ACACAAUCGAUGAAUUUGUGUUUGAUAAACAUUGUUUUGAUUACUUUCUCUCGAGAAAAUGGAAAAAUCCGUGGCUUCUCAGUGUAUUCUAUGCGCUAAAAAGAUCAGGGCAUUCCUCAGUGAGGUUAUUGUGAACGAAUGCGUAUGGGCAGUGCGAGAUAUGCUGCAUGCUUUCUCCACAAAGCUGGACGAAAAUCAUCCUCAAAAUGAUGUGAUUCUCUGCGAAUCAUGUGCAAUGGAGCUGGCACAAGCCUUUGAAUUCCUUUUGAAAAUCCAGAAAGCUGAAGAUCUGCUCAAAAUACAAGAGGCAAUUGAAGUUCCGGAUGAGGAAGAAAUGGUCACUGAAUCAGAGGUCCCAGAGUUAGAGGAGAGUGAUUUCAACAUGGAUGCUUUCAUUGAGAAAAUUCCAGAACCAGUUGCACCACCAAAGCCAAAGGCAACGCCUCCUCAGAAGAAGCAGAAAGAACCCUUUGAUGGAGUUAUUCAUAUUGAAGAAAUUGAUUAUCCUUCUAGGGUAGUCAUCUUUCCACAGUUUGUUGUGUGUCCGGCAGAGACGAAGAAGCUCUUGAGUGAUGUGGCCAGUGGCAGGAUCAGUGAGGAGUUUCUCCAGAGGCGGAAUAAUCUCAAAAUGCUAGAUGUGACUGGAAUGAUGAUUUCUCUCAAUAAUCAUCAUGGUGUCCUUCAGCAUGAAUUGGUUGAGAGUGAACAUGACAAAGAUGAUAUGUAUCUCUGCAGAUACUGCCCCAAAUCUUUCACUACAGCUCAUCAUCUCAUGAUGCAUACGAGGAAAUCGCACAUGUGCCAGUUUUGUCUUUUGGGCUUUGCUAAAGUCGAUGAUCUGCACGUUCACAUUGAGCAGGAUCAUCACAGAUUCGAGUGCCACUUUUGUCCACGCGAAUUUUCCUGCAACAAUAACCUGCGGAUGCACCUGAAAAAGAGACAUGGAAUUGCUUUGCCAGCUUACGUAUCUUUGAUUACAGUUGAAAAGCAAGAAGAGGCGAUAGGACGAGAGAGUGUCCUUCCCAAAGCACAGGAAGAGGCUCAGAAGAGUUAGUAACUUGUAUUGCAAGCUCAAAGGACCUAAUAAAUUUUUAAAACUUC